UUUCUGAUCUCAAUAAAAUCCCCUACAUCCUCAAAUUGAUCUCUAAAUAAACUAAAAAAUGAGGAAUUGUUUGCAGUAGAUCUCCCGUUCCCGCGCACUUCUGUACCUCUUCGCAACUCCCCGCCCCGCAAUGCUUUGCAGAGUCGCCGCAGGCACCCGAUCGCGAGACAGAAACUACUUUCUCAGCUUAAUCACCAAGGCUGCGACCGUCUCUCAGCUCAGCCAAACUCACGCCCUGUUGAUCCACCACGGCCUUAGCAACGACCUUAUUGCCGUUACUAAGCUGACCCAGAGGUUCUCCGAUCUCCAAGCCAUAUCCCAUGCCAAACUUAUUUUCAACGCCUUCAACUGCACCAAUCCCCCUGACCUAUUUCUGUACAAUGUUCUUAUCAGAGGGUUCUCUCAGAACAACCUGCCUUUUGAUUCUCUCUCCAUGUUCCAUCACCUUUGCUGUAAAACAAGACUAAAACCCGACAAUUACACGUACGCUUUCAUUAUUUCAGGCAUUUCUUUUUCUGGGUAUCAGAGUUUUGCCGUAUUGCUCCAUGCACAAGUAAUAGUUUCCGGUUAUGCCUCGGAUUUGUUUGUUGGGUCUGCAUUGGUGGAUAUGUAUACGAGCUUUAAGAGAAUUGGUCACGCAUACAAGGUGUUUGAUAGAAUUCCAUGUCGGGAUAGUGUGCUUUGGAACACUAUGAUCUGUGGGCUCUCCAGGAAUUGUUGUUUUGAUGAAGCAAUGCGGGCUUUCCGUAAUAUGGUUGUGAGUGGGACUCAAUACAAUUCUACGACAUUGUCAGUGGUUCUUACGGUUGUGGCUGAGCUGCAGGCAUUGCAGCUGGUGGUGAUGGUUCACUGCUUGGUGGUAAAGGUUGGGUUACAUUUUCAUGAAUUUGUGAUUACAGGGCUUAUAUCGGCAUAUUCAAGAUGUGGUGAUGUUAAAACCGGCUGGAUGUUGUUUGAGCAAAUUAGGAAACCAGAUUUGAUUUCAUGUAAUGCAAUGAUUGCUGGGUUUUCAUUUAAUAAUAAGACUGAAUAUUCAGUGAGGCUAUUCAAUGAUUUGCUUGCCUCAGAAGAGAAAAUCAACUCUAGUACUAUUGUUGGUUUGAUUCCCGUGUCCUGUCCUUUUGGUCAUCUAGAUUUAAGCUGUUCAAUACAUGGUCUGUGUGUAAAAACAGGUAUGAUUGGAAAUCCCUCGGUUUCUACUGCGCUCACUACAGUUUACAGUCGCCUGAAUGAAAUUGAAUUUGCCAGGCAGCUAUUUGAUGAGGCCUCGGAGAAAACGUUGGCAUCUUGGAAUGCUAUGAUAUCCGGAUAUACACAAAAUGGUCUGACAGAAAGGGCAAUAUCUCUCUUUCUUGAAAUGCAAAAAUUAGAUAUCCAUCCCAAUCCUGUCACAAUCACAAGUAUACUUUCAGCUUGUGCGCAACUUGGAGCUCUAAGCAUUGGAAAAUGGGUCCAUCAAUUGAUAAACAAGGAGAGUUUGGAGUCUAACGUUUAUGUUCUAACGUCUUUAGUUGACAUGUAUGCUAAGUGUGGAAACAUUGAGAUAGCUCGACAAUUGUUUGAUGCUAUGCUGGAGAAAAAUGAAGUGACUUGGAAUGCAAUGAUUUCUGGUUAUGGACAGCAUGGAUUAGGGUGCGAGUCACUGAUGCUCUUUGAGGAAAUGCUUAGCUCUGGGGUUCACCCAACUGGAGUUACUUUUCUUUCCCUACUUUAUGCUUGUAGUCAUGCUGGUUUGGUUGAAGAAGGUGAGAAAAUGUUCUAUUCCAUGGUCCAUAAUCAUGGUAUUAAGCCAGUUUCUGAACAUUAUGCUUGCAUGGUGGACCUUUUUGGCCGAGCUGGGAAACUAGAAAACGCCCUGAACUUCAUAAAUGGGAUGCCUGUGGAACCAGGUCCAGCAGAAUGGGGUGCUUUGUUAGCUGCUUGCAUGAUCCACAAGGACACUAAUCUAGCUAGCAUGGCCUCUGAUAAACUGUUUCAUUUGGAUGCUGAAAAUGUUGGUUACUACGUGCUUCUAUCAAACAUAUAUUCUGCAGACCACAAUUAUCCUCAGGCUGCGUCAGUGAGGCAAAUGGUUAAAAAGAGAAAGUUAGCUAAAAUUCCCGGAUGUACUCUUAUUGAGGUUGAUGGACAUCCAUAUGUCUUUAAAUCCAGUGACCAGUCACACCCUCAAUCUGCUGCCAUUUAUGCGAAGCUUGAGGAAUUGAUGGAAAGGGCGAGAGAGGCUGGAUUUAAGGCACAGACUAGCACAUCAUUGCAUGAUGUGGAAGAGGAGGAAAAGGAGCUAAUGGUGAAAGUUCAUAGUGAGAAGCUAGCCAUUUCUUUUGGGCUCAUAACUUCUGAACCUGGAUCUGAAAUCAGGAUAAUCAAGAAUCUAAGGGUCUGCAUUGAUUGUCAUAACUUCACUAGGUUUAUUUCAAAGAUCACUGAGAGAACUAUUGUUGUGAGGGACGCAAAUAGGUUCCAUCAUUUUAAAGACGGCACAUGCUCUUGUGGCGAUUACUGGUGAAAUAGGACUUCUUCCUACCCAUUGAACUCUAGAGGAUUGGGAACUGAAGAUGUUUGUACCAUUAAGGAAAAGUGUUAAAUAUGUCCGUACUAUAGUACAAGAAGAAAUGAAGCCCUUGUACAGUCGUACUACAGAAUCACCCGAUCAAACCUCCAAGCUUUCAAAACAUAUAUACUCAAUCUCGCAUCUUAGCCGGUUACAAAUCGGUUAGCCUGUUAGCCGUUGAUGUGGAUCCCAUAUGGCGUUAACUUUUUCCCUGCUUGCCUGUUCCCCAUCAACCUGACAAGGCACCCUUUCUCUUCGCCGGCGGAAUUGCUUCAGUCUCAUCAAUCCAUUACCGCCGUUGCUGAUUUGAGGGAAGAAGAUGUGAGCAGUAUCAGUGAGUCACAGAAGAAGAUGAGAUGUGCUAGCCAAACGUCGGUAAUUCUUUGCUCAUCGUCAUCGUCCCAAGCCCAGCCUCCGCCUAGAUGCAGAAAGAAGAAGACAGAGUAGGUGAGAAGCGACUGGAAGACUAAUCUUCAUCGCUGUUCGACCCAUCCACUGCUCUAUUUGUUGUAUCCAUCCACCUCCUUGUUCACCGGCGUCUCUAGUCGCUUCGAAGGAAAAGGACAUCAAAGCUUCAGCUGCAGACAGAAUCCGUAGUGAUGCACAACAAAUCAGAUCACAUAGAGGCUUGGUGAGUACAUCCCCACUGGCGAGCACAGUAGCAAGGGCCCUAAUGGACCUCACCUUCUAUUGCUGCUUACUUCUGGUAAAAUUUGCUGCUGGCCUCCUCUCCUGCUCUGCUCAGUGUCCCUUCCGGCGACCUGGAUCUUACAUUGGAUGGCUAGCAAGAAACUUGGUUGGGUGGCACGUUUUUUAACAGGCUACGGUUGUUGAUCGCUAUAAUGAGGGAUUGGUUUCUUUAUAGUUUGAUUGGGUGAUUUUAUAGUACAUUAGUACGGGGUCUUAUUUCCUGUUUUUGCUUCAGUACCAGGCUUAUUUAACAAUUUUCCCUACUAUUAAUUAAUUUGAUAAGGUUCAAGGUUUAUGAUGAAGCAUUCACCUCCUUCAAGGUUUAUAUUUGGAUUUUUUAAAGGUAAUUCUUUUACCAUAGCAACUAAAAGCAUCCAGCUCCUUAAUAUUUUUUUAUUAUUGUUGGAAUACUAUUACAGGAGCAUUCAGCUCCAUAGUUUUUACAGGAUCGCUUGGUUAAACUCAUUUGGCAUGCAUCCCCCUAAGACAAACUUUCAAGUCGAUCGCGGAUGCUAUGGAUCCUCAAAGACAAUAAAGUCGAACACAGAAGCUAGCGGCACACUCAUUUGCCUCAGAAAGAUGAGGCAUAAUCAAUAUAUGAUUCCCUUUAAGAAACGGUUGUCCUCAAUGAGCCAAUUUUGUUGAAUCCGUAAUGAUGUAUGUACGUGUAAAUAUAGUUGGUAGCAACCCAAACACGAGGGGUAACUGGAAUAGAGUGGUUUAAAGGAACAACGGAUGCUAUUAGACAAAUUAUUUGAGGUAAGCUUCAUUCAAAUUUUAUGAAUUUGAUAAUCCAAUAUUCUGUUGAGUAAUUGAUUGUGACAUUUGGUCAUCCACUAUUCUAAGUAAUUGAUUCGGACAUUUUAUUUGUUAAUUGCAGGAUGCUCAGAACAAGGAUGUUGAUAAUGACAAAGCUGUUGGAGAGUUUUCUAGGGUCUAGUUUAGCAAAUAUGAAUGAAUAAUAAAACUGUUAACAACAAAGUAUUUUAGCAAUACAUACUCCGUACUUCUUUUCUUGUGAGCCCUUUUAGGGUUGAGUUAGACCAUACAUUUAAGUAUGGCUUGAUAACUUAACCUUAUGUCCAGAAACCUAAGAAAGCAGAAAUGACAAAGCACCCACUAUCCCAGUGUACAUUUUUUAACCACG